AUGCUACUAUCUUCAUCACAAGGCAUUCUCUGUGAUGAUUUGAUUUUAUUACUACGAAGAAGCACUAUCGUUAAUCAGUUGGCAAAUAGGAGAUUAAUUGCGACUUCAAGAACAGGUAACAACACAAGUCUCCUCUUUAGCAAUGCCAAAAAUAGAACUGCAUCAACAUCAACAGUUUUCAAAACUGCUAAGAAAUUCGAUUCAUCUUUAUUCUCAAAAAAUUGGGAUUUCAAUUAUAUGAAAAAAAAUGUAGGCAAACAUAAUGAAAAAGUCACGUCAACUAUAACUGUGGAUAGAGAUACGAAAGCCAAAUGGUCCAAUUAUAGUUUACCUUCAAGAAAUGCAAUCCAAGAACAGUUAAGUUCCAAGAAAAGAAUGGAUGAAGCACAACUCAAAUAUGAAACUUCUAUUAAUGAUUCAAAAAUUGACUUAUCAGAUACCCUUCUGACCAACGGUACAAAGAAAAAGAGAACAAGAACAUUGAAACCUCGCAAAGCAUUGAUUACUUUAAGUCCAAAAGCUAUAAGUCAUUUAAAGAAACUAUUAGACCAACCUGAACCAAAGUUGAUAAGAAUCGGUACAAGGAAUAGAGGGUGUUCAGGGUUGACAUAUGAUUUACAAUAUAUAACACAACCUGAAAAGUUUGAUGAAAUCGUCGAACAAGAUGGAGUUAAGGUUAUCAUCGAUUCGAAGGCAUUAUUCAGUGUGGUAGGUAGUGAAAUGGAUUGGAUUGAUGACACAUUGUCAUCAAGAUUUGUAUUUAAAAAUCCUAACUCGAAAGGUACCUGCGGCUGUGGAGAGAGCUUCAUGGUAUAA